AUGGAAAAAGCUUUAGAACAAGCUUUAGAUCAUGCGGAAUAUGUCAUUGAAAGUGCGUGGCAGAGACCCCCUAAACGUAAACAGUCAUCUAGUGGGGGGGAAUCUCUCCAUGAAAAACUGUAUGACCUAUAUGUUGAAGAAUGUGGAAAAGAGCCCGAGAUUACGGAGGAAUUAAUAAGCAAUGUGAACUUGUUAGAAAAGCUUGUUCAGAGGGAGCCCCUGCCCUGUUUGGUGGUCAACCUGUACCCAGGAAAGCAGGGCUAUUCGCUGGUGCUCAAGGGGCCAAGUGAACCAUAUUCAGAGAGCAUUCGACUGCCUUAUGAAGAAAGGGCAUUUCUAGAAUACCUGGAUGCAGAGGAAUUGCCUCCUGUAUUAAUGGAUCUCCUGGAAAAGUCUGAACUGAACAUGUUUCACAGUGGGUGUGUCAUAGCAGAAGUACGGGACUAUAGGCAGGGCGGUAAUGCAGAGCCCCCUGGCUACCAAAGCAGGCACAUCCUCCUACGCCCAACGAUGCAGACAUUAGCCUGCGAUGUAGAGUCCAUAGCCAGUGAUAACCAGGAAUGGACCCAGGAAGACAAACUGUUACUUGAGAGCCAGCUGAUCUUAGCUACAGCUGAGCCCCUGUGCCUUGACCCUUCUGUAUCAGUAGCCUGCACUGCAAACAGGCUGCUCUAUAACAGGCAAAAGAUGAACACUCCCGCCAUGAACAGGAACUUCAAGAGGAACUUCAGAGCCUCCCUGAAUGAGCCGCAGGAGCCGUCUUGUAGUCCGGACCCUCAUAAAAAAAGCAAGGCAAGUCCAGCUGCUGAGCAAAAUGUCCUCAAAGUUUCCAAAGCAGGAAAAUGUGUGGAUAUGUGGAAACAGAGACCCUGUGACUUGGCAGUCCCUUCUGAGGUGGAUGUAGAGAAAUAUGCUAGAGAGGUGAGGUCUGUCAAAUACGAUGACUCACCACGAAUAGACUGGCCAGCCUAUGGGGUAAAUGAUGAUAUUGCUCUAUUUGGAUGUGAAGCUGGUGAUCAGUCCCAGACAACAGAGCUGACCUUCAUGCAGUCCCUGGGUGAUCCACUUAUCUCUGGACAAACUUUGCCUAAAAAAGCCAGGUGUGAGAGACCGAUGUCUCCCUGCCAUUUCUUUGAAGACAACCAUUGCUAUAGUUUGAUGCAUGAGUCUGUCAUUGACACUGGGGAAGAAGUACAGAAUCUGUUUGAGGAACUGGAGCCGCUAAGUGUCGAAUGUGCCUUCAAGGUGUCCGCAGGCUCCAGUGGCUCAGGCUCUCUCAGUCAGCUUUCUCCGGAGAAAGAAGCAGCACAGCCUUUAGACAUCUCAGUUCAGUCUUCAGUACCUGGGGAGGGAGUCCAGCACACCCCUCCACCCAUCAGUCUUCUCUCCAGCUCAGGAAAGAGUUCUUCAGGUAGUGACAGUUUGAGUCCCCAGCAGGAAAGCAAUGUUCAUAAAUCAAUAUCUCCUGCCCCUGCUCCAAAGCCACCAAGUCUUCCCCAGAAAUCCUCUGUGGAAGUGAACCGUGUUAGCAUAUUUCCUACAGCCACCCUGUUCACUGCCAGCCCAGCACAAAUAACCCCAGCCAGCCAGGUCAAGGCCACCUAUGCUGGCCCCAGUUUUAUCAAGGUGGUAGUCCCUGUUCAUGUGGCCCAGACUGUGGUGAGAGGUUCCAGUUCCACAAAGGGCUCUACUGCUAGGGUCAGGACUCCUGUGCCAAUCAAGCCCAAAAUCCCAUCCUCAGAAGACCAGCAGCUACCAAAUGUACAGCCUGCUGUACCACAGGCUCCUUCACAAGGUAUUCAACUUGUUUUUAAAAAUGUUUCAGAAGCCAGGCCCAUAACACUACUCCAGCUUCCACCAGGUACACUCAUUUUGAACAGCCAGCAGCAGUCUCAGCAACAGCCACAGCAGAAGACACAACAGCAGCAGUCUUGGCAGCAGCCAUGGCAGCAGGUACAGCAGCAGCCUCAGCAGUGGCCUCAGCAGCAGCCUCAGCAGGUGCCACGGCAGCAGCCUCGCCUGCAGCCACGGCAGCCUCAGCAGCAGCCUCAACAGCCUCAACAGCCUCAGCAGCCUCAGCAGCAGCCUCAACAGCCUCAGCAGCCUCAGCAGCUUCAGCAGCAGCCUCAGCAGCAGCCAUGGCAGCAGCCGCAGCAGUUCUAUCAGUUGAUUCCACAACUUCAACAACCUAUAUAUCAUAUUCAACAGUCAGUGUCACAGCGUUCAAGUGUGCAACGUCCAACCCAUCGAAGAAUGAUCUUACCUGCUCAGAAAACUGCCAUCGCUAACCCCAAAAGACUUAGAAGUAAUCUGCAGCCCCAGGAAGUGAUGGGGUCUCAGCCAAGCUCUACCCAGACAGGACCUGGGCAAAGCCAUUCCCAACAAAGUGUCCAGCUCCCCUCUGCCUUCCAGCAGCAGCCACAGCCCCAGCAGGCACAGUUGAGAAUCUUACAGCUCCCUGUGCCUGUGCCAACUGUAGCAACCCAAAGAGCUCAGCCACAUCAUGGCCAGAAGGCAGCAAGCCAGUCAAAAGGUAAAAUGAAUUGA